UUAUUACUUGUUCCCUGUGUGAAGUACAUAUGAUACCAGUGUUCGUUAUUUCGGUGUUCCUGCUUGGGGUGGCCUUGGGCCAGGAUCAGACUCGAGUUCCAGGAGCAUCUGGGGAAGAGGUUGUAGAAGCUGUGGUGAGCAGGAUCCGGGAAUCGUGUACUUUUUCUCACGACAAGCUGUUUCUCAGACGACUGGCCUAUGUGGAAACGCAUGAUGGGACCGACCCUAAGACCUACAGACCUGGGUAUGAUGGGGGAAUUUGGCAGGUUGAUGAAAGCAAGUUUAACCUCACCAAGGCAUCCAGCAAGGCUGGUGCGCUGCUUCCUAAGAUAAAAUACGUAUUUGGCAUCGACUGGAGCAUAACCAGGUGGGAAGACCUGAGGCAGCCAAUGUUCUCGGGCCUUGCUGCUGCUCUGUACCUUGCCUCCUUGACUGAAGACAUCCCACAAGGAACACAAGACCAGGCUACCUUCUACUUCAGACACUUCCGCAAUGACAAUCAAUCGAUGCACGAUUUUUCAGAAGGAUCCAAACGUCUUGACAUAGUCUGCCAACGAACAAACCUGGAUUUAGCCUUUCUCGUUGAUGCCUCUUCAAGUCUUGCUCCAGAGGAUUUCAGGGAGGCCAAACGGUUUGCGCAGAAUGUUGUGAAAAACUUCAAGAUUGGUCGAAAUGAUGUCCGAAUUGCGUUCGUAACCUUCAGCAGUGGAUACAAAUCUCAGUUUGACUUCAACCAAUACACGAACAACGAUGACGUCCACAAAGCCAUUGACCAAGUCCUCAAGUCAGAAGGACACACGGACACAGACCAAGCUCUGGACUACGCUUCGGGAACAUUGUUUACGAACUCUUCGGGUUCCAGAGUGGGGAGCUCAAAGGUGAUUCUGCUGGUUACCGACGGAAAAUCAACAGUUCCUAAGAAGACUCUUCCUGCGGCAAUACGCACCAGAAACAAAGGAAUUACUGUUUUCGCCAUUGGAGUAGGUUCUGAUGUGGACACGGAAGAACUGAGAAACCUGGCCAACAAGCCCCAGUGUACCCAUGUGGUGACCCUUGCAGGGUACGGAGAUCUGAGUUCACUCGUAGGGGAAAUCCAGGAGGUUUCGUGUAAGGCCCCAGCUGUCCUGACUCGCGGCCGACAUGUCUACUCCUGCUUGAACAGUGGGCUCUACCAGAUUGAAACAAAUGGCUCCACAGCACAGGUGAAGAUUGCUGUUACUGACGGUGCGGUCAGUGUGUACGGAUCUGUGAUCAACGCGACUCCUAACAAGGCCGGCCAUGACUUCUUCAGUAUCUCCACCCCAGCCACAGCAUCCACGCUACUGAUGAACGCGGUGCACAGACCCCUGUACCUCAACAUCACCGCGUCUGGACGCGUCAACAGCUGCAGUGGCAACUACACCAUCGACAUAGGCAACGUUGAAAGAGUUAAUUUAAGCACUCCGGUUUUCUGUGUUCACCGUGACGUCACCAGGCUUUGUUCUGUGGUGGACCUUUACCGUAACUUCUUCACGGUAGUGGAACCUCCAUACAAGAUAACGAAUCCCUGCAGGAAGAGUGAGCCAGGAUUUAAAGGUCAUCCCACAGAUCAGACAAAGUUCAUCAUAUGUGGCGUUGAUGGAACAGACAACGUUUUCAAGUGUCCCCAACAUCACAUCUACGACCAGAACAUCAAGGACUGCAUCGUCGGUGAACCCUCUACUACCACGUCUACUACUACAAGGACACCGGCACCCAUCACAACAAUUGCAGCACAGACUACAACACCUUCUCAACCAGCUACAACUAUAAAGAAAACCACAUUUCCAUCAACUCACACUACACCAAGCUCAAUUCCUGAUACUACAUCAACGACAUUUACGUCAACUACUGCUACACCGACAACUGUUUCAACCACUACAAUUAACCCACGGACUACAGCGACUACACCUCCACAACCCGUUACUACCAAAAUGAAAACCACUACCUUUCCAUCAACAUCCUCAUCAACGACAUUUACAUCUACAACUGCUACAACGACAACUGCUUCAACCACUACAAUUAACCCACCGACUACACCGACUACACCUCCACAACCCGUUACUACCAAAAUGAAAACCACUACCUUUCCAUCAACAUCCUCAUCAACGACAUUUACAUCUACAACUGCUACAACGACAACUGCUUCAACCACUACAAUUAACCCACCGACUACACCAAGUACACCUCCACAACCCGUUACUACCAAAAUGAAAACCACCACCUUUCCAUCAACAUCCACUGGGGCAGCCACAACACCGACCUCUAUUCCCGCUACUACAUCAACUUCCCGAAAACCUAAGACUACACGCCCAGUCAUUCAAUCUUCGACAAAAUCAUCUGUAUCCUCAAUAACAACAAAAACUCCUUCAGAAAGUUCAACAACUACAAUCAGAGCUCAUCCUAACGUUGCAUCAACUACAACACCGUCGACAUCAUCUACGGUAUUUCCGAGCAGUCACCCAAGUACCAAUCCAUGCACUAACGAAACCAAGGGACGGCUCUUCCCCUACCCCAAUGACGAUGCAAAGUACAUUGACUGCUCCAUCAUGCCGAACGUCGGCUAUGUCAUGACCUGCCAGAACGGCAAGACUUGGGACCAGAGCAUCCUCACUUGCACCUACAAGUAUGUCAUUGUUGACCAAAACCAGAUGACCGUCGACAAGAACGUUCACAACCCGUGCAGGAUGAACCUUCACAAACAGGAUCUGUUUUAUUUUCCCCAUCCUGACAAAACCAAAUUCAUUCAAUGCGACCAGUAUGGGGAUGCCUUCGUGAAGGCCUGUCCGAAAGGUGAAGUUUGGCGGCAAGCUGUUCUCCAGUGCAUACCCAGUGCCUUCUGAAGGCCAUGUGAACAAUUGGACCAAGUCAACCUAUUACAGAAAUGGAGGAGAUGAGAAGAAGGGUAUCAGUGGUUGAAUUUUGUAUAUUAAAUAUAAUUUGUUCACGAAUAUACACAAAAGUACGGUUUGUGUGAAGAUAAAAGAUUUGUAACCCCCACCAGAAAUAAUAUCUACAAUUCAAAAGAAGAAAUUAUUUUGUCAGAUUAUUUCUAUGAUCAUCGUAUGACCGAUAAUAUAUACUUAUGUUAAACAAAAACGUGGUCUUGAUCCACAGGAACCCGUUAUCACUGUAGGUCAAACAUAGACCAUAGGUCUACACACAUGUAUAUACUCUCUAUAUAAACGUGUGUAGAGCUAUGGUCUGUUUUACGUACAUAGCGAUAACGGGUUCCUAUGUCUUGAACUCGUUUUAAGUCGUAUAUAUCUUGAAACACUGGCGCGGAAUGUUACAUUUUAUACUUAUCAAUUUUA